UGAGAUGCUGCUGGAAGUCACAUCAGCGCAAGGGCCUGGUUGAGGAGUGAUCAGAGCAUCUUCAGCAGACAGUCACCAUGGGGAACUGUUGCAACAGUGUAGUCAAUUUUUUCGGCCGGCAAAAGAACACCAAUGUUCGUGUUAGUCUUCCGGCUGUCUGUUUUGUCUGGCAGAUUGCUAUGAUUGUGCUGUUUGGAGUUUUCAUCCGGUACGAUGAGGAGUCAGACGCACAUUGGGUAGAGUUCAAACAGGAAAACAACAUCACCAGCGACAUUGAAAAUGACUUCUACUUCAGAUAUCCCAGCUUCCAGGACGUCCAUGUCAUGAUCUUUGUUGGAUUUGGUUUCCUCAUGACCUUCCUCAAACGAUACAGCUUCGGUGGUGUGGGCUUCAACUUCUUGAUCGCCUCCUUUGGUCUGCAGUGGGCUCUUCUCAUGCAAGGCUGGUUCCACUCCCUCGACCCGGCCACCGGAAAAAUCUAUAUUGGUGUAGAGAGUCUGAUCAAUGCAGACUUCUGCUGUGCCGGCUCUCUGAUUGCCUACGGUGCCCUCCUGGGAAAAGUAAGCCCUGUCCAGCUGAUGGUUGUCACCUUAUUUGGCAUCACACUGUUUGCUGUGGAGGAAUACAUCAUCCUCGACCUUCUUCAUUGCAAAGAUGCUGGUGGCUCCAUGGUCAUUCACGCCUUCGGAGGAUACUAUGGUUUGGCCAUCUCCUGGGUCCUCUACCGACCGAACCUACACCAAAGCAAACGCCUUAAUGGAUCCGUCUACCACUCUGAUAUGUUUGCCAUGAUCGGUACACUGUUCCUGUGGAUGUUCUGGCCCAGUUUCAACUCUGCCAUCACGGACCAUGGCGACGGACAGCACAGAGCAGCCAUCAACACUUACCUGGCCCUCGCUUCCUCUGUUCUCACCACCGUGGCCAUCUCCAGCAUGUCUCAGAAGAGAGGAAAACUGGACAUGGUGCACAUCCAGAAUGCCACCCUGGCAGGUGGUGUUGCCAUGGGAACAGCAGCAGAGUUCAUGAUCACUCCUUAUGGUUCAUUGAUCGUGGGUUUCUGCACAGGUAUCAUCUCCACCUUUGGCUACCUGUUUGUCACGCCCUGCUUGGAGAACUCUUUAAAGCUCCAGGACACAUGUGGUGUUCACAACCUGCAUGCUGCACCAGGGAUGCUCGGCGGCUUUAUAGGUGCCAUUGUUGCUGCAGCCGCCUCUGAAUCUGUCUAUAGUAAAGAGGGGUUAAUCAACACAUUUGACUUUGAAGGCGAAUUUGCAAACAGAAGUCCAGGGACCCAGGGAGGCUUCCAGGCUGCUGGCGUAUGUGUGGCAAUUGCGUUUGGACUUGUUGGAGGAGCGAUUGUCGGUUUCAUCCUGAGGUUCCCGAUUUGGGGCGACCCUGCUGACGACAACUGCUUUGAUGAUGAAGUUUACUGGGAGGUUCCUGAGGAGGAGGAGACCAUCCCUCCUGUCUUGGAGUACAACAACCACAUGAUACACAAACACCAAGACAUAUCUGAGUCAAACUUCUCUGUGGAGCAAAGUUAAAGCAGCACAGUGGAUGAUUGACCCCCCUCAUAUCACUUUGAACUUGAUACAGCUGUGAAACAACACUAAUUUAUGAAGGAGCCACCCUCAAAAAUUGGCAUUUCUACAAAAAAGGAAGAAUAUUUUGCCAUAUUCUGCAAGUCUUGUCUCACAACAUUUACACCUGAUACAUUUGUCUUUAAGAUUACGGUAACGCUGACCAAAUAUCAUACGAAUAGAAAAAUAAUUCUGAAUCAAAACUACAUUUAUUUUCUCUUUCAUUUUGGAAGAGACUUCAUAUAAUUUGCAGAUACUUCAUGACUGGAAAAUGCCCUGAAUCCAAGCAGUAUGAUGAGAAGUCAAAGACACUUUGUUUAUGCUAUAUAUGCUGACUAUAACACACAGAAGAACUACAUUUUCAUGAAUUUGGAAAUGCUUUACUGUACGCUUUUAUCUUUAUCAUAUAAAACAGUUUAAUAUUUAAUGUUAUGCCUUCUAAUUGCUGAAUAUUGUAACUGAUGUUUGCCAUUUUAUUGCAUAUAAAUGAAGAGUCUAUAUUGUAAUACAAUAUAUUUAGUUGUGCGUGUAAAAAGAAAAAAGGCAUUAAUCAUAGAUAUUUGUGAAAACCAAAGUAGGCAAAUUUUGAGUUUGUUUAAAAUGAUGCAUAGGUCUUCGUAAGCUGUGUGUACAUAUGAUUAAAUAUUUUAUUGCACAUUAUUUGUUUGUUGCAUAACUGAUUUGUUCUUAAGGUGGAAGUUUUAAAUAACUGCAGUAACUGUGAUAUAAUUUCCAGUGAGUUGGUUGCUACAGUGUUCAAUGUUACCUCCAAUACAGUACAUGUGAUUGUAUGUGACAAUCUGCUUGUUGUAUUAUUGAUGUAUUUUCAGAUGUACACUUUCAUAAAUCACAUGUAAGAGGAAUUAAACAAUAACUUAAUAUUA